AGUGUGUGCAAAGACAUCGUGCCUUACGUUCAUGUUGCCAUACCUUCCGUACAGCAUCUAUUCAUUACCUCCAGGGAUCCUACAGCAGCCAUCCCUAGGCUGAUCUCGGCCACUUCCAAGAGUUUGCCAGCUCUACACAUGGCAUGCAACCUCCUGUCUUAUUCUACAAGCCUGUGCGAUUUCUUCACAUGUUGGCGAUUGCUCGAAUUAGAGAUGGUGCAAAAGAUCGGCCCAAAAGUCGAUUACGAGUUCGCUCUAGCGCAAAUCAUGGGCUGCACAAUCAACUAUCAAAGAAACCUCAAGUACUACGCCCUGGAGGCCAUUUACUCAGAGGACUUGAUAAACGACCCACUGACCGUGAUUCGUCCAAUUCUGGACGUCUGUGGCAUGAGUCAUAUGGCUGUGACCGAUCACAAGGCGUGGAAAAUUCGAGAAGAAGCAGCGAUUCAAUCGGCAAGCGUUCACUCCUCGAGACAUUCAACGACAAAGGGUAAAAUUACUGGUAGAAUAUCUGCAACAAGACUGGUGUAG